AUGUCCCCUCCACCACAGGCGGACACCAUCCGCAUUCUGGUUGCGACAGACAACCAUGUCGGCUACGAAGAGCGAGACCCGAUCCGUAAGGACGAUAGCUGGAAAACAUUUGACGAGAUUCUGAACCUCGCCAAGAGCCAAGAUGUCGACAUGGUGCUCUUGGGCGGCGAUCUCUUCCACGACAAUAAACCCUCCCGAAAGUCCAUGUACCAGGUUAUGCGCAGUCUUCGAAAGAAUUGCUUGGGCAUGAAACCCUGCGAACUCGAAUUCCUUAGCGAUGCGAAUGAAGUCUUUGAGGGCGCGUUCCCCCACGUAAACUACGAAGAUCCCGACAUCAACAUCUCCAUACCCGUAUUUUCUAUCCACGGUAACCACGACGAUCCCAGCGGCGAGGGCCACUUCUGCUCGCUGGAUUUGCUUCAGGUUGCUGGGCUGGUCAACUACUUUGGUCGCAUUGCCGAGGCCGACAACAUCGAGGCGAAGCCGGUGCUGCUACAAAAGGGUCAGACAAAGCUUGCACUGUUCGGGUUGAGCAAUGUUCGCGACGAGCGCAUGUUCCGAACGUUCAGGGACCACAAGGUCAAGUGGUUCCGCCCGGGCGUACAACAGUCAGACUGGUUCAACCUGCUCACCGUGCAUCAAAACCACCACGCACAUACCGCAACGUCAUACCUCCCGGAAAAUGUGCUGCCUGACUGGAUGGACCUCGUUGUCUGGGGCCAUGAGCACGAGUGCUUGAUUGAUCCCCAGCAGAACCCGGAGACCGGCUUUCACGUCAUGCAGCCCGGCUCUUCGGUAGCAACAUCUCUGGUCCCGGGGGAGGCGGUGCCGAAGCAUGUGGCGAUUCUGAACGUCACUGGCAGAGACUUCAAGGUUGAGAAGCUACCAUUGAAGAGCGUCCGCCCGUUCAUCACGAAGGAGAUCCAACUGUCGACUGAUGCGCGAUUCAAGGGCCUGCACACGAAGAAGGACAAUAGACAGGAGUUAACCAAGAGAUUAAUGGUCGUCGUCGACGAGAUGAUCCAGGAGGCAAAUGAGGAGUGGUUUGCUGUUCAGGAGAAUGAUGAGGAGGAACCUCCCCUGCCAUUGAUUCGACUCAAAGUUGAGUACACGGCUCCAGAGGGUGGUCAAUAUGACUGCGAGAAUCCUCAGCGGUUUUCAAACAGGUUCAUCGGCAAGGUGGCAAACACAAAUGAUGUCGUCUACUUCCACCGGAAGAAGGCUGGUGCCACUAGGCGAAAUGCCGACACAGACAUCCCUGAGGCCCUCGAGGAAACAUUGGGUUUAGACACCAUCAAAGUAGAGGCUCUUGUGCAAGAAUUUCUUGCAGCUCAGUCUCUGAAGAUUCUGCCAACAGCACCUUUCGGUGAUGCCGUCAAUCAGUUCGUCAACAAGGACGACAAACAUGCGAUGGAGGAGUUUGUCAGCGAGUCGUUGGCCGGGCAAGUGAAGCAGAUGCUGAACCUCGACUCCGAUGAAGACGACCUCGACAUCGCCAUGGAGGCGUAUCGUGCCAAGCUCGAGGAGGCAUUCUCCAAGGGAGCCCUGAAGAGGGCUUCCAGACGUACUGUAAAGCCGAAACCGGAUGAGUGGGACUCUGACCUCGAUGGGCACUGGGAAGACCAGCCCGGAGUUGUAGAAACCGAGACCGCCGCUCAGCCUACAGCCAAGCCACGAAAGACUGCUACUCAGGAUGACGAGGAUGACCUGAUGGACGAGGUCGAACCCCCGGCCCGUCAGGCACCUGCGAAGAAGGCAGCGGCCAGUCGAGCCACGAAGGCCGCCCCAGCAAAGAAAGCCCCGGCGAAGAAGGCUCCAGCCAAGAAGGCACCUGCGCGAGGCCGCAAGAAGCCCGUCUUUGAGGAAGAAUCGGAGGAAGAGGAUGUUGUGAUGGAUGAUGAGUUUGAGGAGCCGCCGCCGCCGCCGCCACCUACUCGAGGCAAGCGAUCUCAACCUGCACGGGCGGCCCCGAAGAACACUCGCCAGACGAAGCUCAACUUCUCGCAGGCAACCGCCUCGCAAGCCGCCGUCGAGAUCAGUGAUGAUGAGAUCUCGGACGAGGAUGCGUUCGAGCCGGCGCCGACCACCACCCGCAGCAGAAGGAGAUAG